AUUCCCCCCAAAAGAAAGUCCACGGCAUCUAGUUGGCCUUUACAAAACGGCAGCAGUCACGAACGAGCUUCUGCCCCCAAAUCCCCAAUUUCCUGGGCACCCAACACGUCACUGUAGUAGGCUCAAUCGCCUCGAGCAACGAGAGAUCUCCCCGGCUAAUCCGACUCUGCGCUCGAUUCGGGUCCUCGCCCGCCAUGGGGUUCGACAAGGAGGCGAGCUCCUCGUCCUCCGGCCUCGACGCGGCGGCGCUGCUGCCGAAGCACCGCGGUGGCGCGCGCCUCUCGUCGCAGCCCAAGACCUUCGCCAACGUCUUCAUCGCGGUGGUCGGGUCGGGCGUGCUCGGCCUCCCCUACACCUUCUCCCGCACGGGCUGGGCGGCGGGCUCCAUCCUGCUCCUCGCCGUGGCAGGCCUCACCUUCCACUGCAUGAUGCUGCUCGUCGCCUGCCGCCGCCGCCUUGCCGACGAGCACCCCAAGAUCGCCAGCUUUGGGGACUUGGGAGCGGCCGUGUACGGCGCCGCGGGCCGCCACACCGUCGACGCCAUGCUCGUGCUCAGCCAGGCCAGCUUCUGCGUCGGCUACCUCAUCUUCAUCGCCAACACCUUGGCGCACCUCCACCCCAUCGGGGACCCGUCCGCGUCCUCCCCUCUCCUCACGGCCAAGGCGCUCUUCAUCUGGGUCAUGCUGCCGUUCCAGCUGGGGCUCAACUCCAUCAAGACGCUCACGCUCCUCGCGCCGCUCAGCAUCUUCGCCGACGUCGUGGAUCUCGGCGCCAUGGGCGUCGUGCUUGGCCAGGACGUGUCCACGUGGCUGGCCGAAAAGCCCCCCGUGUUCGCCUUCGGGGGCCCCGCCGAGAUUCUCUACGGCAUCGGCGUCGCCGUCUACGCGUUCGAGGGCAUCGGCAUGGUCCUGCCGCUGGAGGCGGAGGCCGCGGACAAGCGCAAGUUCGGCGGCACGCUCGGGCUGUCCAUGGUGUUCAUCGCCGUCAUGUACGGGCUGUUCGGCGCCAUGGGCUACCUCGCCUUCGGCUCGUCCACGCGGGACAUCAUCACCACCAACCUCGGCGCUGGGUGGCUCUCUGUCACGGUGCAGCUCGGCCUCUGCAUCAACCUUUUCUUCACCAUGCCGGUGAUGAUGAACCCGGUCUAUGAGGUCGCCGAGCGCCUGCUCUACGGCAAGCGCUAUGCCUGGUGGCUGCGCUGUAUACUGGUCGUGUUCGUGGGGCUCAUGGCGAUGCUGGUGCCCAACUUCGCCGACUUCCUCUCGCUCGUCGGGAGCAGCGUCUGCGUCUUGCUCGGGUUCGUGCUGCCGGCCGCAUUCCACAUCAAGGUGCUGGGCGCCGAAAUCAGGUGGCCUGCGCUCAUCGCCGACGUGGCUGUCAUCGUCAUCGGCCUGGGGCUCUCUGCGUCCGGGACAUGGACGUCGCUCGCGCACAUGUUUGGUGCUUCCAACGCCUAAGCAUCGACAAGGACACGGAUGCUCCGCCAGUUCAGCUGCCAUUGUUGAGUUGGGCAUGGGUAGUAUAUGGUCCCCUGCAUUUGGAUACUUGCAUUGCUUGUAAACAUGAGGCAAAUGGCAUAGGCCCUCACGGUAUCCCACGGGCAAAUCUGUAUUGUAGAUGUCGCAAGGAUCAAGCGACCACAACCAAUCUGUGUAUUGUACCAGAGUAUUUAUGUUACUGUGCAAGAUAUUCUUUUUGUCUAAA